ACAGAUCGAUAAGGAGAGCACGGAGAGAUUUUAGUGUGUAGGGAAGUGAGAUUGGAAUCAUGGAGAAGUGGGUGUCAAUGCCAAAGGUGGAGCUUCAUGCCCAUCUCAAUGGAUCUAUCAGAGACUCUACUUUGCUAGAACUUGCUAGAGGUUUGGGUGAAAAGGGUGUCAUAGUGUUCUCUGAGUUUGAGAAUGUAAUACAGAAAGAUGACCGUUCUUUAACUGAAGUGUUCAGGCUGUUUGACCUGAUCCAUAUUGUUACUACUGACCACAAUGUUAUCACGAGAGUCACCCAAGAAGUUAUUGAGGAUUUUGCUGCUGAGAAUGUAGUGUAUCUGGAGCUAAGGACAACUCCAAAGAAAAAUGAGUCCGUAGGAAUGACCAAACACUCUUACUUGGAAGCAGUACUGGAGGGUGUAAAGGCUGUCAGUACAGUUGAUGUUGAUUUUAGGCCUCAUGAUGGUGAUGUCAGAAUUACCGGAAAUUCUCCACCUAUAAAUGCUACAUGUAAUGGAAGUACAAGAAAAAAGAUUUAUGUGAGACUUCUUUUGAGCAUUGAUCGUCGGGGAACCGCAGAGGCUGCAAUGGAAACUGUGAAUCUUGCACUGGAAAUGAGUGACUUGGGGGUAGUUGGUAUUGAUCUUUCUGGGAAUCCAACUGUGGGAGAAUGGACUACAUAUUUGCCAGCAUUGAAAUUUGCUAGAGAGCAGGGUCUUUAUGUGACCCUUCAUUGCGGAGAGGUGCCUAAUCCAAAGGAGAUACGAUCAAUGCUAGAUUUUCUACCACAGAGGAUUGGCCAUGCCUGUUGCUUUGAAGAACCAGAAUGGGAAAAGUUAAAAUCUUCAAAUAUUCCGGUUGAGAUUUGUUUGACAUCCAACAUCAGGACCAAUACAAUUCCUUCCCUCGAUGUUCAUCAUUUUGCUGAUCUGUACAGUAAAAAGCAUCCUCUAGUCCUCUGCACUGAUGACUCUGGGGUCUUUGCCACCAGCCUCUCCAACGAGUACAACCUUGCUGCUUCUGCAUUUGGUCUUGGAAGGAGGGAAAUAUUUGAGCUAACAAGAAAUGCAGUUGAAUUUGUAUUUGCUGAUGAUGGAGUGAAGAGGGAACUAACGGAGCUUUUCAGGAUUGCUGAACAAAAGCUCGAUCAAUGAUUUGCCUUUUAAGUUUAGGGGCAUAUGCAGAAAUGCUGAUAACAUCCUCAUAGAUGAUUUUUAGGGCACCUGAUAGAGCAGGGUAUCUCAUUUGAUAAUUCCUAUUAUCAACUGUUAUUGACAUCAUUAGAAUGAUAUUUCUU